AUGGCGCAUGGUUGUCUGGAUCCGUCUCGCAAGUACGAGUCGAGGUACCAUGAGAUGCUCGCCUCGCGCCUCGCCGUACUGCCUCUACCAGCCUACGCCGACGACGAAGGCCCAGAUCUCCCUUCUGCUGAAACUUUCGAAGCCCUCGUUCGUCCUUAUUUCUAUGAUGACGAGCUGCGGGCUGCUCUGGUAGAGUACCAAGUCCACAAGUUCUUGAGCCGACCAGAGGAUGUCCAUGGACGAGAUGGAGAUUCAGGAGAAGUUGAUUCGUCCUCCUCACUGAUGGAUGAUAUCCCCGAGGAGGAAUUCGAGGCAGACGAUGCACGGCUCAGGUCUCACAUAGUACAUGAAGUUGACACCGAGGAUAGAUUGGAUGAAGAGGAGGCGAACAGGCUCUGUCACAAGUAUGCACGAUACCGCCUCAAAGCUUGCAUGUUGCUCAAAGGAGUGCCUAUUGACGAUGCUGCAUUCGACUCCCAGUACCCUCCAGACCUUCCCUUGGACAACCACCGUCUUUACCAUGAAGAUGAAGCCUUGAGCUGGUGGUUUGACUUGGGCACCUCUUCACCCGCGACCUUGAGCGACUAUCAGCGGCUAGUCCCUUGUAAUGAAGUAAGUAUGUUUGUACUCCUCUGUAAACAAAUAUAAGACUUUCAGCUCAGAAACGCAUCUAGAUUUCUUCUUCUCUUUACCUUUGAAUGGGUGGCAGCAAUUACUUGCUUAAUCUGUCCUUUGGAAGUAUAUAUGAACACUUGAGGCAAUAUCAAUGCAUUUCCUUAAUUCUUUUUAGCAUGGCUUUAUGCGAGCUAGCAACCCCCGAUAUUCUCUCUAUCUUGUUUUUCCGGGGCGCCAAUAGUCAAAGUGUCUGGUUGU